AUAUAUAUUAAAAAUUAACCUUGUGACAUAAGUUUUAUGUAUAGUCUUAAUAAGUAUUUGAGCAAUUUAUUACUUUUCAUGAGAAAUCAUUACUAUCGAGGGUGCCACUAAAAACACACAAAGACUUUAUUAACAUAUGGAUCAGAAUAUUGCACUAAUUGAAAAACAAUGUCGUAAACAAAUUCAAGUAUUCACAAAAUGUGUUGAGCUUAAUGAGGAUACAUGGCAGACUGUUUGUUUGACAGAAAAGGAAAACUUAACCAAAUGCUCUUCUGAAAACCCUAUGAUUCAGUUGAUAAACAAAAACUGCAAGAAUGAAUUUCGCAAGUACGACAGUUGCAUUCGAGACAAUGGAAGUCAAUUAUACAAUUGCAUGGAAUCGCUGGAGCAAUUUAAUACUUGUGCAGCUCGCACAGUUAAUGGAUUUGGAAGUUCUGGAUAUUUUAAAAAUUAAGCGAGUAAUUUUUUGUUAUUUUCGGUGAUUAUAAAUGUUUCAUUUAUAAUUUUUAAAUAAUAUUAUGUUACUAUUUAUAUUUGACGACAAAAAAAAUAUAAUUAUUUU